UCCACAUUAAGACAGCUACAAACCAAAUAGACGAACCAAAUACAUAAAAAUCGUUUGAGUUGCUGCCUGUGUCUUUUGUAUCCUACCGGUACCUGCCUGCUUACGUGAUAUUGAAGAUGUUUUUAGUGAAAGUAAAUAUUGAUUACAUUUAGAUACAUUUACAAGCAGAUACCAAAGGGAAAAAAAACUGUCGAGACAGAUAAGGCCACUGUGACGUUUAGUCCACAGUCUGCACACCUGUCUCCAUUAAGAUAGCGGAAAGGCGGAGAAGAACCAAAGUGAAUGCCAAACACAAAUAGACUAGCGUAUACAAAAAACAAGUGAUACGACGCUUGGUCACAAGUCCAUUGUAGACGAUUUCAAUAACAUUUUGCAAAGCUUUAAAGACGGGAUGAAUCGCGACCGAUCUUAUCCUCUGAACUAAGUUACUCUUACUGCUCGAAGUAGCCUUGACUUGUACUGAGAAUACAGUUGUAUGCCUACUGUUUUAACUGGAUCCUGUCUAUCCGUCUGUGUGUACGUCUAGCGUGAGUAGGCUACGUUGUCUUAAAAUUUAAUGGACAGCUGCUGUUACUUAUAAAGGCACAAAACCAAAAAUGUAAAGAUAGCAGGCUAGCUACAGGCCUACAUACUCAUAUAAACCAAAUAUUCAACGUCCUACAAGACACACCUCAAACGCAGUUAACCCGGGAAGCAUUCAAGAGAGAAUACAGAAGAACCGAAGACGAACCACAACAAACUCCCAACUAAAGCCCGACGACAGCGGAUCAUGUUUGUCCCCCUGCCGGUGCCGUUCGUCUUUCAGAGAACCGCGUCCGACUUCAGCGCUUGGCGUCUCAAGUCCCCGCUGGCCCUUCGUUCCAACUCUGAUAUCAGGAUGUCUAAACCAGUUGACGACGAGAAGCCUGGGACCGACUUCCCAAUUGAGAGUACAGACUCUGACGGAAGCAGUCCAGAGGCGAGUGACCAGGCACGGUCAAUGAAAACAAGCCCCUUCUGCCUGUCCCCAAACCUAAGCAACACCAAGGCGAAAACAGAGGACGGGUCUGAGAUGCACAGAGCCCAGGCCCCUGCCCCGACCCCCACGCAGUCCACCCUGCCCCACACUCAGCUCAUGCUCGCGGGCAGCCAGCUGGCUGGGCUGGCUGCUCUCCUGCCUGCACAGCAGCAGCUCCUCUUGCAGCAGGCCCAGGCGCAGCUCCUGGCCGCCGCCGUACAGCAGUCAAAUGCUGCGCAUGCCGCCCAUCAGCAGCAGCAGGCCCAGGCCCAGGCUCAGGCCCAGGCCCAGCAGCAGCAGCAGCAGCAGUCGCCUGCGCAGUCGCAGCUCAAAGCUGAGCAGGCUGCCCAGGCCCCGCCCCAGCUGACUCUGUCCCAGCCAAUCCAGCUCACUGCCCAGGACAUUCAGCAGCUGUUGCAGCUGCAGCAGCUAGUGCUGAUGCCAGGCCACCCCCUGCAGUCUACAGCCCAGUUCCUGCUUCCACAAGCCCAGGCCCAACAGGCCCAGCAGGGUCUGCUAUCAACACCAAAUUUGAUUCCACUACCUCAGCAAAGUCAAGGUGGUCUGCUGACCACCCCACCCAGGCUGGGGCUCCAGGCACAGAGGGAGAAGAGCAUGGAGACUGGAGGAGGCUCCGCGGGAGCCUCGGCCGGCUCCAUGGCCUCCAUGCCCCAGCAGUCGCACCCUGAAGAGCCCAGCGACCUGGAGGAGCUUGAGCAGUUCGCCCGCACCUUCAAGCAGCGCCGCAUCAAACUGGGCUUCACCCAGGGCGAUGUGGGUAUGGCCAUGGGCAAGCUUUACGGGAACGACUUCAGCCAGACAACCAUCUCCCGCUUCGAGGCACUCAACCUCAGCUUCAAGAACAUGUGCAAACUCAAGCCCCUGCUGGAAAAGUGGCUGAGCGAUGCAGAAACAAUGGCGAUAGACAGCAUGCUGCCUAGCCCCAGCUCCCUGUCCUCCCCCGUGAUGGGCUUCGAGGGGUUGCCAGGGCGACGCCGGAAGAAACGCACCAGCAUCGAGACCAACGUCCGCGUGGCCUUAGAGCGCAACUUCAUCGCGAACCAGAAGCCUACCUCAGAGGAGAUCAUGCAGCUAGCCGAGCAGCUGAACAUGGAGAAGGAGGUGAUCCGGGUCUGGUUCUGCAACCGCCGCCAGAAGGAGAAGCGCAUCAACCCCUCCAGCGCCACCCCUCCCCUGCCCAGCCAGCCAGCCCCAGCCUCGCACAAACCCCCCUGCUACAGCCCACACAUGGUCCGUCUGGAUACCUUCCCAUUGAAGCAGAUUUCCGAAUCACCAAAAACCCAGGAACCAAUCAUAACCACUUAUCCAGCAUGGGGCGGGCUUUUUAUGAUGACAGACAGAGGAGUACAGAUGUCCAGUCAAGGGCUGCCCCAGGCUGCCACAAGCCUCAGCACAACAGCCGCCAGCUCUACUCCUUCAGUGGCCUGCCCCAUCAACCCCAGUGGCAAUGUUGCCAUGAGCUCCACCCCCAGCUCUGUGACUCCGCCUCCACACAGUGGCUCUAGCCCCGCCCCUCGCCUGAGUAGCCCUGGCCUCAGCACAGGGAGCACAAUGAUGGGUGUAAGCACAGGGAUGAACCCGGCCCUUCUUGGCAGCAACCCCCUGGCCACAAUGCAAGCCCUGGCUGCCAGUGGUGGUCAGAUGUCCCUUUCUGCUCUUGAGGGCGGCCAAAUGCUGCUGGGCGGAGCCGGAGGCCACGGUGGCGGUCUCCGCACCUCCCUCUUCCUCAACCGCCCCACCCUGCUGCCGAUGCCCACCGGCGCCGGCAUGGGAUUGGUCAGCGCCAGCCGGGCCUCGCCGCCCCCGAGCGGCAGCGGUGUGAGCCCCGCCUCUUGCUCCGCCUCCCCUUGCUCAAGCCCCGCCUCCUUCUGUUCCUUCAGUGAAGCCUCCUCUCCAGCACCCCUGGGUGGGGCUAUGGCUGAGUGAUGCCACCCCACGCCCCCCACCCACACCCCCCCCCCCCUUCCCAUAGCGACGGCCUAUCGCAGGACGUGGGAGGAGGAGUCCAUGGAGUCGCCUUUUCAACCAAAGCCAUCUCUCUCUCCCUCUGUCUCUCACUUUCGCUCUCUCUCACUCUCUCUCUCUCUCUCAUGAAGUCUUUCCAAGCCAAAUAAAUACAGAUCUGAAAGCAAGAGGAGGAGGAAGAGACGAGAGGAAAGGAGAACGGAGAGGAGGAGAGAACAAGAGGACUGGAGAGUGACAAACCAAAAAUUAAAAGAUCUAUCUAUUCAGUUUGGAGAGGUGGCACUGUGGAGCUUUCUGUUGGCUGUGAAUGAUACUGUACAUUUCUUUCUCUUGAGAAAAAAAAAAACAAGCAAGUUUCCUCAACGAACGGAUGGAUGGACAAAUAGGGCAGGGAUGAAAAAACCAAAAUGUGACUGCGUGAAAGACGGGUGACACAAUGGCAUGAGAAAAGAAGGGAAAGGAACAUGGACUUGUGAAAAGAUGGAAAGAAGAUGUUUUUUAACCAAAAAAGUGAACUUGAUGUUGAAAAGACACACAAAGACAAAAAAAUGCCAAAAUCUCCAAGAUACCAAAAACCCAAAAACCCAAACCAAAAAGAAACGGAAUGAAAAGCUUUACUGAAAGACUUUUAAAACUGACCCACUGUUGGGUCAGUGCAUCAGCUCAACACAACUACCAAAAACAUUCCUCUCUUUUCUUUUGCAUUCAGUCUUGCUCAUAUGUUGUUUGUAUUUUAACUCACAAUUCAACAAUUGCCACAACCAUCUUUUUGUCAUUAAUAGGAAUUAUAGACAUUGUUUUUAGAACAACUCAGUUUUUGUCUCUUGUUCUUGUCUCUCAAUCUACCUCUGCUCUUAGCUUUUUCAGACUCACUUUUGAUUGUGAGAUCAUUUAAGAAAAUAGCAGUUAUCCAUUUAACAGUAGUUGAUUUUUUAUAUAUAGUUUUUACAUUUUCAUUUUGGCCAGUACUAUGCUGGUGCUUUCAUUGCCAUCUCAUGCAGCUGUCUGAGGACACGAGUCUCUUGUUUCCCAGUUUGUGCCUAACAGUUCACCACUGUAAAACACUGUAAAUAUUCCUCUGAUCUCUCACACAUACAGUACAUACUCAAGCUAGACAGUUUGGUGUGCUUAAUGUCUCAUACUGUAUACAGUAAUCCACUGGCUACUCCACAGUUCAUCCUUUUGGUAUUCUGCAUACAUACCUCUUGCAAAGUGCAGUUGUCAACAGGUCAAACAUAUCCAGCAUACAUUUCCACUGUACAUUCAGGCAUGCACAAUGAUGACCAUAAUUGCACAUACAUUUUGACUGUACCAUAGAUGUGUACUUAGACAUAAAUGCACACUCUUACAUACACACGCGCACACACACACACACACACACACACACACACACACACACACACACACACACACACACACACAUAAACACAUGUGACUGUAAGGACAAAUGGAAAACAGGAGGUCUCCUUCGGCCAGUUCUCUGAUACCUUUUUCAUUCAAUUUUUUUCCACACUCUAUCUCUCUCUCGGAUACCAAAGCGUUUGUCCAACCACAGAGUGUUGGUGAACAAGUGUUCAGACGAGACCUCAGCCGUGUUUGAAAAAAAAAAAAAAAGAUACAACAACAACUAACAAACAAACUUUUAAAAACACAUAAGUAGUAGAACAAACCAAAUAAACUACAGAACAAAGGGGGGGGAAAGCAGACGAAGGAGAAAGAGGUAUACCACUGUACCGCCUCUCUCUCUGCCCCCCCCCCUGCUCUCUGUUCCCUCUGCCCCUCUCCCACGCCUCAGAAAGAUAUGAUCGAAGGGCCAAAAAUGGAAAGAAGACACGGAAGGAUGGAAUGGACGGACGGAUCGAGUAAGGACACCAGGCCGAAGGAGGAGCAAGCUGGCUGAAGAGGAAGGGAAAAAAAGAGGACAAAACGAGCAGGGGACAAGCGGAGAAAAAAACAAUGCCGUGGAGACGGACCGAGACGAGGAUCGAAACCAAAUAAACCUAAAACGAACAAGACGUAUACCAAAACCAAAAUCUUACAAAGGACUGAAACUGAGCAAACUUAAAACUGAAUGACAUAAAAACCAAAAAUAAAAGAGGACGAGAUGAAGAGCCAGAGAGGAUGGAGAGAAAGAAAAGAGAGAGUGAAAGAGAGGGAGAAGGGUACUCAGAGAGCGGUGGAGGCCUGGGCAUUGGCCACACCUCCGCUCUCCUUCGUCGUGUUCUCUUGCGGACAGGUGGCCUCCUGUGCGUCGUCACCCAUUCUCUCUCUCUCUCUCUCUCUCUCCCUCGUCUGCGUCGACGACAUCGACGCGUGCUGCCUCUUCGUCUCGGAUUGAGGAGUGUCUUCUCACCUCGCUGAACCUAACUUCAAAAUAUAUCUAUUUUUUUGUUUGUUUGUUUUUAUUUCUUUUUCAUUACAUUUCGCUCUACUUGGUCUGUCUGUCUAUAACUGUAUGAAUUUUGUGUCAUUGCUUUCAUAUCGCGGGUUGACUGGGGUGAUGUAUUCCUUAUUUUCAUAUUCUUGUGGUUCUUUGCGUUAU